UUCUUUUUUAUUGGAAUAUUUUUGUGUAUCCAAACUUUUUGGUCGUGUCUUCCUGGAGCAAACCAAUGAUGUCGCCCCUCUGCUUGAACCCUUCCUCCCGGUCCACCUGUAGGUUUUUCCUCUGCUUUUUGUGGCUUCUACAAACGCCCCGCUCUUCCUCUCCGCUAAUUACAGGCACUGAAGCCAGCUGUGACAAUGAAGGAGAAGUCCUGCACAUCCCCAACAUCACAGACAACCCCUGCAUCACCUGCGUCUGCCUGGACGGGAAAGCAGACUGUAAACAGGAGAAAUGUCCGCCGGUCUCUGAUGACUGUGCUCUGGUGGUGAAACAGACUGGCGCCUGCUGUGAACGGUGCAAAGGCUGCUUGUUAGAUGGACGGUCUUAUAACAGCUCCAUAUCCUGGAUGACCUCUACCAAACCCUGCAUAACGAGACGCUGUCAGGAAGGAGUGAUCACAGAGGCGGAAGUUCAGUGUGUCAUUCACUGCAAGAACCCAAAAAUCCACCCAAAAAAGUGUUGUCCCACCUGCCCAGGUUGCAUCUUUGAGGGUCUCCUUUAUAAAGAGAAGGAAGAGUUCAGUCCUGAAGGCAAACCUUGCAUCAAGUGCAUGUGCACUGGAGGACGGACUCUAUGCAUGAAGGAAGUGUGUCCUGUGCUGUCGUGUCCUGCUCACCUGAGCCACACCCUUCCUGGACAGUGCUGUCCCAGGUGUAUAGGUCAGCGGAAGGUGUUUGAUCUCUCUUUAGGAAGUUGUCUUUUCCACAGCGAUGUCUAUGAGAAUGGUACUUGCUUUAUGCUCAACAACUGUACCACCUGCACAUGCAAGGAUUCAACAGUGGUGUGCAAAAAGCGGUGCUCACGUCCAGGCAGCUGCCAGGGCAGUCAGUGCUGUGAUGAGUGUUUGUCUUAUGUGAAGGUGGAGGAGGUGAAGUACUGCAGAGUGCGGAACAAAAUCUACAGGGAAGGAGACAUGUGGUCGUCAGUGAACUGCACUCUUUGUGCCUGUGUUAAAGGCAACGUCGAGUGUCGGCCCAAACAGUGUGUGCCGAUCACCAGCUGCCCCUCGAACAAGAUCCUGAACAGAACCGGCUGCUGUCCAGUUUGCACUGAAAAACCCGGGGUAUGCACAGUAUUUGGGGACCCUCACUACAACACCUUUGAUGGCAGGACCUUUAACUUUCAGGGAACUUGUCAAUAUGUGCUGACACGUGAAUGUGGCGGGACCCAAUUUGGAAUGCCAGGAAACGGCAUCAACAGCUUCACGGUGUUGGUGAAGAACGAUGCUCGGCGAACUCGCUCGUUUUCCUGGACUCAGUUUGUUGAAAUUCGACUCGGCGCUUUGAGUCUCAGUCUGCAUCAGCACCUCACAGUUCGAAGGAAUGGGACUCGCAUUGCACUGCCGUACCACGGCCCUGGGGUGCACAUCGAUUUGGAUGGGUACCUGCUUAAGCUCACCACCAUUGCAGGUCUAGAAAUAACCUGGGAUGGCGACAGUUUUGUAGAAGUGGUUGCUGCUCCGCACUUACGCGGUCGCCUUUGCGGCCUCUGUGGGAACUACAACGGUCAGAAGCGAGACGACACCAUCGGGGGUGACGGCUUGUUGAAGUUCGAUGUGGACGAGUUUGCUGAGUCAUGGCGAGUCGAUGGAAAUGAUGUUUGCUCCCAGCAGCAUCCACCUCGCAGGUUAACGUCCCACCUGUGCCCCGGCACAGUCAAAGUCAAGCUCCGGGCCCAUCGAGAAUGUCAGAAGAUAAAAUCAUGGGAUUUUCAGAAGUGCCACCGUGCGGUUGAUUUUGGGCCGUUCUACAGGUCAUGUGUGACAGACAUGUGUGAGUGUCCGGUCCAUAAAAACUGCUACUGUGAGUCUUUCAUUGCCUACAGCAGAGCCUGUGAGAGGGAAGGAGUGCCGGUACAGUGGAAGCCUGACAACGUCUGCAUGGCCACCCAGUGUAAACAUGACGCAGUCUAUGACACCUGCGGUCCUGGAUGUAUUAAAACCUGCGACAACUGGAAUGAGAUCGGACCGUGUCAUAAACCCUGCGUGGCCGGCUGCCACUGCCCCGCCAAUCUGGUGCUGUUCCAGGGACGCUGCAUCAAACCCACGUCCUGCCCUGGACGGUGACCCUUGUUGACCUCUGACUGAGUGGGAGGGGCUAAUUUAGGGAGACUCGUCUGUAGUGUCCAAACUAGAGGACCAAGCUAACAAAAAGAGCACUAAGGACGCUAAUGGGUUCAGGUCUACCAAUCAAAUGCACCAUGGUACUCAGGGUCCAUAAUGUUGCAAAGAAACGUGCUGCAGUGACUUCCAACACAAGAGAAACAAAAAAACGGGGGACAGGCUGACACGUCUCAGAGGUUCUCGUGCCUCUUCUGAUGCCAAGUACUGUGACAUUUUUAGAAGAUAAACAAAAUAUCAAGAAAAAACUCAGGGCACCAUCUGAGGACCGUUCAGAUUUGGGCCUUUGAGAAGCUGCUUGGGCCAGAGGACUCGUCUCAGAGCCAAUCAGGCGCCUCCUUGCAGAGACUUAAGUUGGAGACACUGGGUAUACGGAUUUGUGCAUUAAUGAGAAACUUUAUGAUGCAUCAUAUCAAACUGCCCGGCUGAUCUCUAUUCCAUCAGUGCAUACUGUAAGCUUACCAGAUUCAUAUAAAAGACAAAACAGCUUUUAUAUUGUUAUUGCUCUAAUUAUUAUUAUGUGUUGUUGAUGUUAAUUUAUAUAUCCUUCAUUGACAUGUUGUAGCAAGAGCCAGAACCAAGAAAUCUAAUUGUUUUGUUUGAUUCAAAGGGAAACAAAAAAGCUAUUUAUGUAUUUGUUGUGUACUUUUGUGUUACUGUUUGAAGAAAAAUGCCCAAAUGUGACUCAUUUAUUGCACCAUCGCAGGGAAUAAGUACUGUAUUGUAUUAAAGCUCCGUGUACAGUUUGUUGUGGAUAGUAUGAAACCUGAAGGUGUUCAUGUAAACAUAUGUUUCACUUGAUGAUAAUUAUUUAAGACCAGCAAUAUAUCCUUUGUUUCGAAGUUC